GUAGGUGCAAGAUGGCAAGAUAUGUGAAAUGGGGUGCCUUGUGUGUAUUGGAAUUCUUUACAGUGUUAAAGAAAUUAUGUUUUCUAACGUAGCUUUAGGGAAUCUAAAGAUGAACAUUUUGAGAAUAUGAAUAUGUUGUAUAACAAUUUAGCCCUUUUUGGGGUUGCGUUUUAUUCUCUAACUUCUACAGGUACAGAAGGUGCAGGAGAAUGUCGUGAUCUUCACGACAGAGUGAUUACCCAAGGUCUUCACUACGUACCGGGUCCUGAUACCUGUACUCUAUGUGUCUGUGACAAUGGUCAGCCUAAAUGGUGCAAAGCUGUUCUUUGUUCUCCUCCACAAGACUGUAAGUCGUUCCGGGUGGGCAGCUCGUGCUGUGAGUUCAUCUGCUUAGACGACACCAUCCUAAACCGUGACGGUGGCCAUGACCUCAAUGCAGACCUCGGUCUUCGCCUGAUAGCCAGUGCCGUCACCGCCAUCUUGUCUCUUUCCCUCCUUUUCUUUCUCAUUCAUCGACUGAGGCAGCGCAAGAUCAGGGGUCGCCAAAGUCGACAGUUGAGUGAAGACUCCCGCAGUCUGGGAAGUAUCGGCUACAUCGCUGGGAGUCUCGGCUACCUCCCACCAGCACUGGGCUGUCAGGACUUCCACUAUGAGGAGGCAUCUUCUCACUUCCCUCUAUGGAAACCUCCAGGAAACUACUUCCCACGAGGGGAGGCUCCGCCCCCGUAUGAGGAAGCGGUGGCAGCUGCACGCGCAGAGGCAGCAUUGGCCGCUAGAACCACUCCCGGUACCAGUCUGAGUCUGCUGCAGCACCAGCAUCGUACCAUCCCUCUGACACUAGCCACCAGUGGGCCUCUGUCUCCGCCACCCCCAGAGACUAGACUGGCCACUAUACGGCCGGACUUGUUCUUCCAGGAGGUGGUGCGGGACCCAGCAGCUCCGCCUGUUGUGUCCUCCUCCCCAGCUACUGUCACUCCUACGUUUACCAUCGCUGAUACAGUAGCCAGUGGCAGGAGUGUGCUUUUAGAGACACAGUGUGUGAGACCGUCCGUACACACUACCUUGCCUACUGUCAUGGAGGAUGAUGAUUACCGCAGCGAGUGCGAGAACUGCAACAUGAGUGAGCAGUUUGACGGAGAGAUGGAGACGAUGACGUUACAUCGGAGACCUCACGAGGAGGCGGAGGAACCGUUCCCUCCUUACCGAACAUCUCUGACUCUCCCGACCAACUGUCGUCGGCAAAGAUCAACAACAAUGGGUGCUCCUGCUCAGGCAGGUGCUCGGGAGAACUGGUUCAGUAGCAUGCCUUCGUCCACUUCAUCCUCUGAAGACGAAGAGUAACUGACUCUGAUGUAAUUGGUGCAUAAACCGUCUUAAAGUUCAUCACACAAACUGAUAGAUUAGAACCGGUCGACGUGAUGAACAGUCUUGUCAUACCAACAUCAAGGUGGGUUAGUGUUUGAGAACUUGGUGCUUCAGUCAAUAGUUGUUACCUUUUUAAUAAUUGAAAACAGUUUUACUUUGAAUAUUUAUUAGUUUUGUUGUUUGUAUGUAAAAUUCUGUUGCACACUAUCAUGUGAUUGUAGCCCUAUGGACUUGUUUGUGCCAAAGUUUGAGUUGGUUCAAACCCACGGUUGUUUUAUAAAUUUGUGUUCAAACAUUUCUAUUUUCUGUAACAUCUGUCAGCCACUGUUAACAUUUUCAAUGCUUAGUGUAGAUUUGCUUGAACUCAAGUUUAACGGGUACGUACCAUGAAUUUCCAUGAAAGUUUGCUAAAAACAGAAUAUCAGUUCUAAAAUAACUUGGUAGUGGUGGGUUAUUCAUUAUAAAGUACAACUAGCCUACUGUAGUAGUUUUACUACUGUCAUAUUUUAGUUUUGUAAAAUAGUAAUCAGUUGCAAAUUAUCUUUUAACAUUUUUUGUAAUCAAUACACAUUUUGCCUUUGAUAUUCUUUUGACAGUAUAUGCUCUG